AUGGUUCCUCACCAUGGGUUAUGUUGGCUUGAUCACCGGGAGACUGCCAUUCAAUUUCAUUAACAUCGUUUUAUUAGAAUAUUGCUUUAUUUAAAGCACAGCACUGUAUUCUGACACUUUCUGGUUUUUUUCCCUGUAAAGCUGCUUCAAAGCUUUAAAAGCAUGAUACAAAUAGGAAUUAAUUAAAGAGAAUUUAAUGUGUGCAUUUAUAUCUGCAAGAUGUAUUUUCUGAUUGUUUGCUCAUUUGCAAUAUGUCUCCGAAACGUCUGCUGUCAUAUUACAUAUAAACAUCUAGAAGAUGUUUUAGAAUGGGUGUAAAACUGCCUUUUCUAAGAAGCUUAUACCGCCUACGUGAUAAAUUCUUUAUUUUUAAUUAGUGACUUGCAACGUCUUAUACCCAUUUUGAUCAUUAUACCAAUUUGGUAUUUAAAUCUCUGUUUAAAACAUUGGAAAUGUGUCUCUUAUGUCCAGAUACAUUUAACAUGCGCACUAUGUUGCGCUAUUGGAAGUACAGAACAAACACGCUCCUUUAUCUCUGACAGAACUGAUGGUUUCUUUGAAUUGAGGCACUUUUUCAUUUCCCAAUAUUUAUCAGCGGUUUAAGAGCUAAAACAUCGGAUUAAAAUCUGACUUUGUUUUGUCUCCGGUACGUCUACUGAUAGGGGCUGCAUGAAAACUUUGUUCACUGUCAAAUGGAUUAUCUACACUUUUAAUAAGUUUACUAACAUUAUGUAAAGGUUUAUACUGCACUAUAAUGACUGGUUAUUAACUUUUCAAUUUACAAAACUAAUACUAGAAAUAAACAUCGAUUACACAGCUUUCUGCAGUUCUUCAGAUUCUCAUGUGUCAAUAUAUUUGCAUUAUCCGACGUCAAAUUGUUUUGUAGAUUAAUUGAUGCUUUAUAUCGCCAUCAACCGGAGAAAACGUUUUUUAAUUAAUGUGAUGUGUCUCCAGUCCAGCAGGAGUCGCUCUGCAGCUCUUCAGUCCGCCGAUAAACCCACUAAAGAAAGAAAGAAAGACAAACAUCAAGCGCUGCGUGUUUACAUCACUUUUAAUUUCUCUCUUUAGUUUAGUCGUGAAUGUAAACUUUAGUGAGUGUUGUCUGUGUGUAUUCUUGUGUGUAGUUGAUAAUCAUGACGUCACAGGCGGAUGGCACGUGCUCCAGACACACACAGGACUCAGAGCUCAGCCUCAUUUUACAGUGUUAUACUGACACAACCGCCACCUUGAAUCAGGAUGAAUCUACUGAUCAAACCUCCACAGAGUCUCUGGAUUCUGUCUGUAACGCUGGAGAACAGCAGAUCCUGAACACCAGACCACUGGACUUGAGUUCUAAAGUGAUGGAGAUUAAAACAGAACCCACAGUAAAGGAAGAACACACGAGUGGAGAUGGAAGUCUUGGUGGUUUUGUUCCUUUAGUCAAACUGGAGAACGUCGGGAAUCUGAAGAUAAAAACAGAACCCAAUACAGAGGAACAAACUGAGGAAGAAAUCGGGAACAUGAUGAAGAUCAAAACAGAGCCCGAAGAAAAGACUUGUGAAGACAUCUGGAACAUGAUGGACAUAGAACCCACAGCAGAGGAACUUUACACUGAUGAAGAUGAUGAUGAUGAAGAUGAUGAUGAUGGCGACUGCGAUUAUUUUGUUCAUCCAGGUAGAAUACAGCAACGAGCCAGAGGACGGACACGUGAAGCACAUCAACAUGGUCCUCCUGGUGACCAUCCUGAACCAGCUGAAGAUCCUGAACCAGCUGAAGAUCCUGAACCAGCUGAAGAUCUUAAACCUGUUAGUCACGAGUGGCAUGAAAUGAACUGGCAGCCUAAAAACCUGACCUUCACUGAAAAUCCUGGGCCUGUCGGUGAUGCUGCUGCUCUUGAUUCAAUAGAACCUAAAGACUUUAUUGAACUGUUCAUUUCUGAUGUACUGAUUCAGAACAUUGUUGACCAGACCAACCUGUUUGCAGAUCAGUGUAUUCAUGACACAGAUGGUACUUCACAGCAUGCUAGAAUUCAUGCAUGGAAGCCUGUCACAGGUUCAGAAAUGAAAACCUUCCUGGGGCUGUUUUUUCUCACUGGUAUCAUUCAUAAGCCCGAACUUGAUAUGUACUGGUCCACAGAUGAAAUGUUAGCUACCCCUUACUUCAGCAAGGUCAUGUCUCGCAACAGGUUUGAAAUCAUAUUGAGAUUUCUUCACUUCAAUGAUAAUACAGCAAGGCCAGCCAAUGACACUGACAGGCUGUACGAAGUCAGCCCCGUGUUAGAUUACCUUGUGUCCAAAUUCCGUGAAAUGUAUCAGCCAAACACAAACAUUUGCAUCGAUGAGGGUAUGCUUCUUUGGCGUGGGCGCCUAGCUUUCAGGGUGUACAAUCCUAAAAAACCCAUCAAAUAUGGAAUAAAAUCCUACAUCUUGUGCGAUUCUGAAACAGGAUACUGUUUCAACAUGAAGCCCUAUUGUGGAGAAAGCCCUCCCCUGAAGGACACAGUUGUCUCUCUUCUUGAUCGCCUAGCAGGUCACGGCUACAGAUUAUUUAUGGAUACUUUUUACAACUCUGUCCCACUGUGUAAGCACCUACUUGAUUUGAAAACCCAUGUCUGUGGGAAAAUGAGGGAAAACCGAGGUGAACCACCAGUCAUCCGAGAUCUCAGAAAUGCUGACCUUAGGAUUGGGGAAACAGUCAUGCGUCACAGUGAAAAUGUGAUGGUCUUGGCUUGGCGAGACAAACAAACGGUGAAAAUGGUCACAACAUGUCAUGAGAACAACACGGAAGAAGUUGAGGGAUGGCAGAGAGGCCACCGAGACAAAAUUGCAAAGCAAAAACCAGCAUGUAUUGUGGAGUACAAUAAUGCAAUGAAGGGAGUUGACAGAUUGGAUGAAAAUAUUGGGUACUACCCCUUUGUACGGAAGUCACAGAAUUGGACAAAGAAAUUUGUCAUGUAUCUGUUUCAGAUCAGUUUGUUCAAUGCUUUUGUGAUUUACAAAGCAAAAAACCCACAAGGUAACUGUAAAAGUCUGUUCUCUUUCAUCAUGAGUGUUGUAAAAUCAUGGACCAGCCAAGAACAGGCCGGUGGUGGGGAAGAAAGAGAUGAAAACCCUCCAGCUGUAAACACUCCUAGAGCACCAUACAACACUGACCCUAUAAAUAGGGUGAAUGAACUUUUUGCCAUCCAUGCACUUGUUCCGAUUAGGUCCAGUUCCAAAAAGCAACGCCCAACGAGAAGAUGCAGAGUUUGUUCACAAGCUGUAGCCGCAGAGAAGAGGAUUUUUGGUGUGGGGACGCACCACGGAAAAGUGAAUAUAACGGAAACACUUUUAUUUGACGUUUAUGCAGACAAAAGUUAUUUUACAGUACUACCGUAUCAGUUUGAGCCGGAAUCUGAUCCUGAAAAUGCAGAAGACCAAGAUGAUCCAUCAACUUUGCCUGCGCGUCUUGAGCAGGACGUAAAAGAAUGGUGCAAAUGUGAAAACUGUAAUAAAAUGUCUAGUGAAGUUGAAAAUGUAUGCUGCUUGGAAAUACAAAAGGUUGUGAGACGUAUGAAUCAGGUGUCAGGUCCUCUUAAAUGUGUGACACACCAUCCAGGCUUCCAAAUCAUCUGUUUAAAUCCUUACACCCUCCAGAACAUGAAUAAUAUUUACAUGGCUGAUUAUGGACCUGUGAGGCGUAGAACAGAGGAAGAGCGGUUCAGAUUUAUCGCCCAUCAAAGCUUCGUAAGCUGGUGCUGGGGCUUUUUAGGACGGGAAGUCAGAGUUGCUCUCCCGUCCUGCGUUGUGCUUCGAAUUAAACAGGAGUUCCCUGAUCCUGAUGGACAGUUUGUAGGCUUUCGACCGCCCCUUGACUGAAGCAACAACUUCAACCUGAGAGGACGGGCACAGGAACGGGGAUUUGUUUUAAUUGUUCAGAUAAACAGUCUGUAAAUAUACGGUGUAGAUGGAUAUUGUAGAAAAAUAUAUAACUGUUGAUCCACAACCAAUAUUCACAAAACAAUCACAUGCAUCAUAACUUGUAAAUUGUAUUUGUAUGGGCGUGACAAUAAAACAUGUUUUCUAAGAUA